AUGACCGAGCGAGAGCUCGUCGCCGGCGGUGAAGGCGAAACUGGUGAAGAGUCGACGAUCGCUUUACAGCUCGAACACACUUCUCUAGGUGGAGCAGGUGAAGUUGUGCACGAGCUCACGCCGGAAGACGUCGAACUCGCGCGCAUCGAGGCUGAGCAAAGUCUUACGCAAUGGCGUGAAAAGUCAGCCAAAGAGCGGGGCAACGAGGCCAACGCGCAAAACUUGUGGCGGAAGUUGGAGCAGCUCACCACCGCGCUUUCGGCUGAACUUGCAGAGAAACUUCGACUGAUUCUCGAGCCAACGCUUGCAAGUCGACUUCAAGGGGAUUACAAAACCGGCAAGCGACUAAACAUGCGGAAGAUUAUUCCUUACAUUGCCAGCGAUUUCAGAAAGGACAAAAUUUGGCUCAGACGUUCGAGACCUUCGGCUCGCAAGUAUCAAGUGAUGCUUGCCAUCGAUGACUCGCGAUCUAUGGCAGAAAACCACUGCGGCCACAUCGCUCUUGAGUCAAUGGUUCUCCUGGCGCGCGCCAUGGCUCGUUUAGAGGUCGGAGAGAUCGGUGUCGUAGGCUUCGGCGCCGGGGCCAACGCGGUGCGCACGCUGCAUCCGCUCGGCGCGCCGUUUACCGACCAAGAGGGCCCAUCGCUCGUGAGCAAGCUGUCGUUCGCGGAAGACAACACCUUGGCCGAUCGACCAAUGGUUCAACUCCUCGAAACCAUGGCUGCGCGACUGAGCGUCGCGCGAGAACAAAUUCGCGGCGGCGGCACGAAGCUCCAGCAGCUCGUGCUCAUCAUCGCCGACGGUCGAUUUCACGAAAAGGAAGCCUUGCGAAGGUGCAUGCGAGAAGUUGGUGCGCAGCGCGGGUUACUCGUCGCGUUCAUCGUGCUCGAUAAUCCCCAAAACAGUCUACUGAACAUGCAAAGUGUGUCAUUCACGGGAGGCAAACCGGUGAUGAAAAAGUAUUUGGACUCGUUUCCGUUUCCAUUCUACGUCCUCGUGCAAGACGUGUCGCAGCUCCCGGCGACGAUAAGCGAUUUGUUGCGACAGUGGUUCGAAAUGGCGACGAGUCACGAUUAA